AUGGCUAACCGCACGAUAUAUACUCGAGCAUACUCCAAAACCAGUGCUGGGCAAUUCAUCUCCGCUAAGGGGCCGAAAGGUGAUCCAUUAUCCGACACAGCCCUCCUGGAAGAGUUCCGAAAUCAUGCCAACAUAUGGAAUCGAGAGCCCACGGCCUUGGUGUCAGGUAGCGAUCGCAUAGUCGACACUUUGAAGCGUGCUUUUGACAAGCAUUAUGAGGACGGCGAGUCGUCAGCAGACAUUUGGAUCGCUUUCAUAGAGAUCCCACCCACCAUGAAUGAAACUGGCCCCCGAAUUCAUUCUGCAAAAGAGUUGGCAGAACAAUGUGAACUCCCGGAACCGAAUUUAUUCUCUCACGAGGUUGUUUUUGAGUGGGCUAUACCCAAGAAGUAUGUGCUACACGAGGUCUCUUUGCAGGCCUUAAUAAAUCGUGGACUUCAAGAGCAUUACUUUUUACAAUCGUCCACUGCGGAAGUACGACGCUAUACCGCGAGAGAACUCCGACAACAUGGCCCCUGGGAAAUCGGCAUCACCCUAGGUUCCUUUGCACGAAAGUUUGGUGCUAGAGCACCUCUGGACUGGAUCUCUCACCAGCUUUUCCAUGAUUGUGUACGGACGACGAUUGUGCGUGAUGACGUGGUCAGACUUGAGUAUCUGGAUAGGGAUACUGAAAUGGUGGACUUCCAAUUUUUUUGCGACUUGGAUGAUGGAAUCGACACUACUUUAUACGAGUGGUGGCUUUCAGACAUUGACUUUUAUCUAGAUUACGAAGAAUUCAAGGAAUUGCGAGAUGUGGCAGAAGACAGCAUGACCUGGGAUUUGAUUGAAUUCUGGGAAGCUUGGCGCGAUUUCAAUUGUGAUGGAACGAUCAAAGAGCUGUCUUUGAGGGAAAAGUUAUUAUAUGAUGAGGAGAAGAAGAAAUUAUUGGUUGAGCAUGAGAAGAAGAGGGCAGCUAUUGAAGCAGAAGCUGUGAAGAUAGGUUUAUGA